UUAUAUAGUUAUUUGGUACGAAAACAACGUGGAGUGCGCAAGAAAAUCACACAUCAAAAUCAGCUGUGACAAUCAGUAUGGCCGCUCAUUUAGCAAGAAAAUAAAAUUUAACUAUAUUAUUUUCAAACGGUUUGCAAAAAUAGGACAGUGUUGGUAGUGUUUACAUUUUAGUUGAUUUAUUUUAUUCGAGUCGGUGUUGACUAUAAAAGUGUUGCGUCAUGACAAGAAAGACCUCUCACUGACAAACAAAUACAAUAAAAAUUUUAACCACUAAUUGUAGCAGAAUUUCAGCAUUUCCCUUACAUUCGUCUUUCAUUUUGUUGAGUUUAUUGCGAGCUAAUGUGAUUUUCGCGUAAAUAAUCUCAAAAUUCUACAAAAUGAGUACGGUUCGCUUGAGUUUUGUAUCGGUUGGAAGAAUUGCUGUUAGGAGAAAUUCGCAGUUGACAUCGGGUGCUGCGCAGUCAUGUCGAGGUCUCCGCCGCUCGAGUCCCCGUUCCUUCAGUACAUGCGCGGUUUUGUGCAAGAGUCCCACAGAACAGCCCCCUGGGCCGCCACAAGCAGGCAAAGAUGCUGCAAGUACUGGUUCAGCAGGUGGCAAGAAGUCAGGUAAUGGGGUGCUGACGUGCCCCAAAUGUGGAGAUCCUUGUACCCACGUGGAAACCUUCGUCAGCUCAACACGUUUCGUCAAGUGUGACAAAUGCCACCACUUCUUCGUGGUGCUGAGCGAGGUCGACACUAAGAAGAGCAUCAAGGACAAUGCUGACGCGAAAAGCGGGUUCUACAGAAAGCCGCCUCCACCGCCCAAAAAGAUAUUCGAGUACCUUAACAAGCAUGUUGUGGGGCAAGAUUUUGCAAAGAAAGUGCUGUCAGUGGCAGUAUAUAACCACUACAAACGAAUAUACAAUAAUGUCACUAGUGGCGCUAACGACGCACAUCAUCCCCUGCAUCACGCACACAAAGAUCUUCUGCACCUAAGUCAGGGUGGGACAGGCGGCGGUGCCGAAGUCCUGGAGCGACAAAAUCACGAGUUGAGACUUGACAAGAGCAAUGUACUGCUUUUGGGACCUACUGGAAGCGGUAAAACCCUCCUUGCGCAGACGAUAGCGACAUGUCUAGACGUGCCCUUUGCGAUUUGCGACUGUACGACUCUGACGCAGGCUGGAUACGUCGGCGAGGACAUUGAGAGUGUGAUCGCGAAAUUAUUACAAGACGCCAACUUUAAUGUGGAGCGAGCGCAGACUGGCAUCGUGUUCCUCGAUGAGGUGGACAAAAUUGGUGCAGUUCCCGGAAUACAUCAGCUUCGAGAUGUAGGAGGUGAAGGAGUACAGCAAGGCAUGCUUAAAAUGCUCGAAGGUUGCAUUGUGUCCGUACCGGAACGUAAUUCUCGCAAACUACGCGGUGACGCGGUACAAGUCGACACCACGAACAUACUAUUCGUCGCGAGUGGGGCAUACAACGGACUCGACCGCCUAAUCCAACGGCGUAAUAACGAGAAAUACCUUGGUUUUGGGGCGUGGGACCCGAAGUCGGGACGGCGGGCUGCGUUCGCUGCGGCCGCUGCCGACGCCUCGCCAUUGGAUACGGCGAAAGACGAGUGCAACGAGAGAGAUAGCUGGCUUCGUAAGGUGCAAGCCAGGGACCUUAUCGACUUUGGCAUGAUUCCCGAAUUCGUCGGUCGUUUCCCCGUAUUGGUGCCUUUCCACAGCCUAGAUCAGGAUCUCCUCGUGCGGAUACUGACAGAGCCCAAGAACGCUAUUGUCGCCCAGUACAAAUUACUGUUCGCGAUGGACAAGUGCGAGUUGUCGUUCAGUGAAGAGGCGCUUCGAGCUGUCGCCGCUAUGGCCAUGGAGCGCAAGACUGGUGCUAGGGGAUUACGGGCCAUCAUGGAGAACCUACUUCUGGAAGUGAUGUUCGAGAUACCAGGGUCUGAUAUAACGGGUGUUCACAUUCAUGAAGGCUGUGUGCGUCGCUCAGAACCUCCAAGACUUACACGGCGACACGCAGACCAGGAUAUGCACCACUGGCCCUCGGUGCGACUACACAAUUGAUUUCAAGGCGGAACCGGAACCAUCUGUUAGUCAGUACGCGCUCUGAGAAAUGCGCAACACAAACACACCGGCAAAUUUGUCUAUGCUCAUAAUCCUCCAUUGUGCCUGAAAGCCGUAUUACUAGGCAAAAUAAAAGGCUCACUGCAUUCUUAAAAUAUAAAAAUAUAACAUUAAAAAGUUAUAUAUUAUUUAAAAAAAACCUCUUGCCUUAUACAUUAACUGUUCCAAUAAAAUAAUUUUGUGGCUAGAAAAAAAAGUAAAAUUUACGAUGAUCUUUAUAGUAGUUCCUUGUGGUUAAAAGAAUGGUUGUGUGCGCGACAUGCAGCCAUCUUGUGAUGUAAAUUACUGUAAAUAUUAUAUUAUAGAAAGAUUUAAUUAAGAUGUAAUAGUUUAGGCAUUUUUAAAUCUACAUUUUAACUAGACGAAAUGGUUUAAAUAACUGGUAAUAUAAAUUAAUAGAUUGGCAACACUGAGAAGAUAUUUUGACAUUUUGUUUUUGUUAUACAUAGAUUUUUUAUUUAACGCGAUGUGAUGUGAUUAGGUUUAGAUUAUAAAAAAAUAGAGAAUUUUAGACACGUUUUGAACGGAUUAUAUAAUCACAUUACAAAUAGAAUAAGCUUAUUUUCAAAUAAAAACAAUAAAACUACUGAA